AUGUCCUUGAAGAAAUCACCCAAGAUCCUCGAUCGCUUCGCGACCACCGAAGAGGUGCGCAGCUACCUCACGCAGAUCCUUACAGAGAAAUACACCGCGCACCCCGAAUUCGCCGAAGAAGCUUGUGCCUCAUGGAAACUCGGCCGUGGUGCUGAGCUACAUGAUGCCAACUUGGAAUACUUUCAGCAAAUCUUCGGCAACGAGGUAGGCUUUUGCCUCUACGGAAACGUGCUCAAAGCCAGACAAAAAGCGUGGCAGGACUCGUACGCGGGGAUAGCCUGCGUCGCGGGCACUUACAUAUCCCUGGUAUGGACCCUGUGGUAUUUACACACUACGCCCUCCGAGCAUCGCUCUCCUCUUCCAAUUGCUGUGCUGGGGUAUGGCCUAGGUAUGUUCUACUGGGCGCAAGACUCUCCUGACGACACGUACAAUCACCGCUAUUUGCGCAACUACAUGAUUAGGUGUGUUCAGUUGGGGAAUGGGAUUUUCUUUCUCUGGCUUUACUUCCAUUCGCUUCUGUCUGCUUAG